CUUACUUUCUGCAGAGCGCCGUAGCAGAGCACUCGGCAGUCGGCGACUGUUCGCAUCCGACCGCACGCAAUGGGCAAGGGAACUGACAAGCUCUACAUUACCCACUCCGAGUGGUCAUCGGCCGACGCGUUCGGCAAUGCGCGCGGCGCCAACAGCGCAAACCGGGCGUCGGCGGCGGGCCUGGCGUCGACGUUCAAGCGGCUGCCGUUCAACUACUGCGCCGUCUCGCUGCAGCCCUUCGCCGACCCCGUGUGCACCGCAGCCGGCACCGUCUUCGACCUGACGCACAUCCUCACCUGGCUCGCGAAGCACCCGAACACGAAUCCGACCGACGGCUCGCCUCUGAAGCGCGACGACCUCGUGUCGCUGCGCUUUGCGAAGAACGAAGAUGGCGAAUACGUCGACCCCGUGACCUUCAAGGUCUUCACGGACAACACGCACAUUGUUGCGCUGCGCCCGAGCGGGAAUGUGUUUGCGUGGGACACGGUCGAGCGGCUGAACGUCAAGGCGAAGAACUGGCGCGAUCUGGUCAGCGACGACGCCUUCACGCGCAAAGACGUGAUAACGCUGCAGGAUCCGCAGAACAUCGAGUCGCGCAACUUCAGCGCCUACAAGCACGUCCAGGACGGCGACACGGGCAUGUCCGGCAACGCGGCGAAGAUCUUGAAGGCAAAGGAUGCCGUCGCAAAGGCGCGGGCCGACCGUCAGGCGAAAGCGCAGGGAGCCCAGCCGUCGAGCGCCGUUGCGAUAGUAUCGAGGAACGGCACGGCAGCACCCGCGACGGCCGCAGCGCCCAAGAAGGCCGCCUACAACGCCGCCGUCUACACGUCUGGAAAGGCAGCGGCCUCGUUCACGUCCACCGGCGUGGACGUACACACCUCGGGCGAACGCGCCCUCCUCUCCGACGAAGACUACAUGCUGAAGCCGAAGCGCGUGAAGAACAAAGGCUACGCGCGCAUGUCCACCUCUCUCGGCGACCUGAACGUGGAGCUGUUGCCCGAGCAUGCGCCAAAGGCCGUCUGGAACUUUGUCAAGCUGGCACAGAAGGGCUACUAUCGCAACACCAUCUUCCACCGCAACAUCAAAGGCUUCAUGAUCCAGGGCGGCGACCCCAGCGGCACGGGGCGAGGGGGGCAGAGCAUCUGGGGCAAGCCGUUCGAAGACGAGUUCGAGGGCCCCAACCUGCACAACGCGCGCGGCAUCCUCUCCAUGGCGAACAAGGGCAAAAACACAAAUACAUCCCAGUUCUUCAUCACGUACCGCGCCGUCCCGCAUCUCGACCGCAAGCACACCAUCUUCGCCCGCGUCGUCGGCGGCCUGGACACGACCCUGCGCGCCAUGGAGCUCGCCGAGACGGGCGAAAAGGACAAGCCGCUCGACGAUCUCGAGAUCAAGGAUGUGGUCGUCUUCGUCGACCCCUUUGAGGAGUGGCAGAAGGAGCGCAAGGACAAGGAGACCAAGGACGCCGAGGUCGCCGAGGUCAAGAAGCAGGGCGGCACCGCCGACGACAGGACGACGUGGACGGGGAAGCGCAUCCGUGCUGACGGGACUGUUGAGGGUGGGACAGCAGACGGACGGGCGGUGGGAAAGUACCUCGCAGCUGCAAAGGCAGACAUUGUCGAGCAGGGCGACGACGAGAUACUGGAGUACGUCGACGAGGAAGAGGACGUUGCACCGCCGCCCAAGAAGGCGAAGACGGGCGGGUUUGGCAAUUUUGACGCCUGGUAGACUUGUUCGUUGCGAUACUGUGGCAACGUACACGACUAGACAUUGGAGAAUGAUACCCCGGACGAGCUACCCAUGCACCAUCGUUGCCAACAACCAGUCAAGUGGGGCUCCGCGACCUCGGAAUGACUUGCUUGAUCACCUGCAUUGCUUGA